AUGAAAUCUCUUGCGAUUCUAAAUCGCAGCAGUGGGAUAGUGGCGAAUAAGGCGACCUUGGAGACAAAUUCCCGCAGCGCUUGGCGCCAGGCGAAGUUUCGCAUAGCUUGUAACACGCGAAAUGGGGUUACCAGUCGGGUUACCACUGGCUCUGCGACAAGCCGCAGGAGCAUCAAUACCAGCAGCAGGAAUGGGAAUGUUGACAAGGCAGAGAAGAGGGAGACGGGGAAAGGGGAAACGGCGGGGAAGGUGGCGGGGAAGGGGGAGGCGGCGGAAGGGGAGCAGGAGCUUGGAGCGGAAAAUCGGCCGCUUAGGCUGGUGGUGAUUGGGGGAGGGGCGGCGGGCGUGUUUGGCGCGAUUCGAGCCAAGGAGAUGGCGCCUGGCCUGGAGGUCAGGGUGGUGGAGAAGAGUCAACCGCUGGGGAAGGUGAGAGGGAUGGGGGGAGAGGAGAGGGGGAGAAGGGAGGAGGGGAGGAUGGGGGAGGGGAAGGGGGAUGGAUCUGGGGCGGAGCUGGGGGGUGGGAUGGGAGUGGUUGGUGGGAUACGGGCCAAGGAGAAGAUUCAACCGCUGGGGAAGGUGGGGAAGGUGAGAGGGCGGGGGGAGGGGAAGAGGCAACCGCACUGCACCGCCAUCUGUACUGCACCGUUUCUGAUCCCAUUUCAUGCCCCACCUGCCUCCCCCCAUGUCUCCUCCCAUGCAUCAGGUGCGCAUAUCAGGGGGUGGGCGCUGCAACGUCUUAUUCUUAGGCACCUAAAUAAUCUCCCCUUUCGGUGCUUCCUUCCUUGCCCCAUCCUGCUCAUCAGCACCCCUUCCUGUUCCAUCCAAAGGGGUCUCCGCGAGCUCAAAGGCUCCUUUUUCCGCACGCACGGCCUGGCACACCCUACUGAACCGCACUCUACCCUCUACUCUGCCCCCCCUGCAUCAGUUCUCCGACCCCCUCUUUCCAUUGUCCCCCCCUCCUCUCAGCACCUCUCCUCCCACUACCCAAGGGGCCACCGCGAGCUCAAAGGCUCGUUUUUCCGAACGCAUGGCCCAGCAGACACGGUCGAGUGGUUCACCCAACGAGGGGUGCCCCUGAAGACCGAGCCAGACGGCCGCAUGUUCCCAGUCUCAGACUCCUCCCAAUCAGUUACUGACUGCCUGCUCUCACAAGCCCACCAGCUCUCAGUGACCAUCUCCCCUGGCUGGCCUGUAUCAUCCAUCUCUCCCACCCCGUCAGGCCAGUUCCUCAUAUCCUCCUCCAAGAAGACUCCAAAGAUUACCAACAGCUCCUCCUCUCCCUCCUCCUCCCCUCUCUCCCUCGUGGCUGAUUUCGUUCUUAUCGCCACCGGUGGGUCAAUCAAGGGUCAUGACAUGGCAUCAUCCCUUGGCCACUCCAUCAUCCCUCCCUGCCCAUCUCUCUUCACUUUCAACAUCCCUGAUUCUGCUCUCACUGCUCUUGCAGGGGUAUCCCUUGAAGACGUAUCUCUCAAGCUGCUCGUUCCAUCCUCCCCUUCCUCCUCCCCCCCUUCACCAUUCACCUCUGCCGAUACUGCCACCACCGCUGCCGCCACCACCACCACCACUGCCACCACCAGCACCACCACCGUUGCUGCUGCCACUGCCACUGCCACUGCCACUGCCACUGCCACUGCCACUUCUGCCGCUGCUGCAACCACAACCUCUGGAAAGUCCAAGGCCAAGCAGCGAAAGGAAAAGGAUUUUUUCUUCACACAGCGCGGGCCCCUCCUCUUCACGCAUUGGGGAGUGAGCGGCCCGGCUGUGCUGAAACUAUCAGCCUGGGCAGCCCGGAAUCUACAUGCUUCGGCUUACACUGCAACACUAGUGGCUGACUUUACGCCUCAUCUCUCCGCUGCUGCUCUCCUCUCUGCACUCACUACUGCCAAAUCAUCACUUCAGAAAAAACAAAUCGGCACCACUGCCCCAGUGGAGCUGAACCUUCCCAGAAGGUUCUGGUGCUACCUGCUUGAUCAUGCUGCAAUCCAUCCAGACACCCUCUGGGCACACGUGUCAAAGGCCCAUUUGCUCGCCCUUGCUGAUGUCAUCCACAAAGCUGAGCUGGCAGUGGCAGGGAAGGGUCGGUUUAAGGAUGAAUUUGUGACUGCAGGUGGUGUCCCUCUAAAAGAGGUCAAUCUCGCAACAAUGGAGAGCCGGCUCCUUCCCAACCUCUACUUCGCAGGCGAGAUACUGAACGUCGAUGGAAUCACAGGAGGCUUCAAUUUCCAGAAUGCGUGGACGGGAGGGUACAUUGCAGGAACUGCUAUAGCAACUGUAGCCAGCCGACUACACUCACCGUACCCUUAG